GAAAAAACUCCCGAAAAGUAUGGCAAGCACCAUCUUACCCAGUAUUGGGGCGAGGAUACCUGGUAUCUCCUCCUUCCUCUCAUCCAUGCUUACCAACACUGUUUAUUUGUUGUUUUUUUUAAUUACCUCUUUUGUUUCUUUCUCUUUUCCUUAGCUUCUGUGGCUUGCCUGGUGAAAUCCAUCGUCUGCAAUCCCUCCUCCGCCCACACAACCCUUUACCCAUGCCUAGCCCAACAACACCCUCACCACUACAGACAUCAUCGUCACCGCGACUGACAGCAGGAGCAGAAAAGUUCAUGCGGGUGGCUGCAUGUUGGUCAGAAACCCCAGAUUACAUGCUGCACCAUGCAAACACGAGAAAGAAACAAGCCAUAUAGAGUGACACGAUAUCUUGGCGGAUUAUGAAGACAGAAGGGAAAAACGUCGAGGUGGGAAGCAAUGGCUGCCGGAAAGGCCCGCCAUCUUUCUCGUCCAGGCCCAUGCACCGUGUGGCUCGGCCUGGCCAGAUGUCUAGCAACAUGGCAACCAAGAGCCGUUCCCCGAGAGAGUCUUCUCGACAGCGAUGGGCUCGAUGUCCCUCCUCUCCACCCCACAGGUAUACUCUAUACAGCACACCAUGGAGCCCGGCCAGUGGGCUAGACGGGCUCUCUGUCUAUUCACGACAGUUCUGUGCAAUUGCGUAAUUUGGACUCUAUUUCC